UCUGACCUCUGCCCUCAGCUCCAUGCUGGAGGAUGUGGAGGAGGCUUUUGUGAAGAACCCCGAGGCCCGUCCUCUGCUGCUGUACCUGCGGACCAGUCAGGGCGCCCAUCUGUCACCGGCCGCUAAGGACCUGGUGGAGAGGGUGACCGCGGCAGACAGAGCGGUCAAGGUCAAGGUUAUAGAGCAUGCAGGGCACCCCGAGGAGGGAGCCUCGCUGAUCCACGGCAGCCUUGAGUGGGUCAUGAAACAGGAGCUGCUGGGCCAGGAGGUGGCUGAGGAUGAGAGCUGCCUCACUGGGGCAGACGAGGGCUGCGGCGAGGAGGAUCACGGGGACGUGCUGUGGGACCCGCACGACGAGCAGGAGCAGGCAGAGGCCUUCCAGCGGGCUGCCGCCUCCGCCGCUUCACCCGGCUGCCAGAAGUACAUGGAGCGCCUGAAUGACAUGGUGGCGGCGCCCCCACCCAUCCCCCCCCUGCUCGUGUCGGGGGGGCCAGGCUCGGGGAAAUCCCUCCUGCUGUCCAAAUGGAUAGAGUUCCAGCAGAAGCACUCUCCCAACACGCUGAUCCUGUACCACUUCGUGGGCCAGCCGCUGUCCACGAGCGCAGAGCCGGUGCUGAUGGCAAAAAGGCUGACCAUCAAGCUCCUGCAGCACUUCUUCUGCUCCAUCUCGGGCCUGUCCAUGGACCCUUGCAAAGUCCUGGAGGAGUUCCCCCGCUGGCUGGAGAGACUGUCUGCACGUCACCACGGCAACAUCAUCGUCAUCAUCGACUCUGUCGACCAGAUCCAGCAUGCGGAGAAGCACAUGAAGUGGCUCAUCGACCCUCUGCCGGUGAACGUGAGGGUGGUGGUCUCCGUUAAUGUGGAGACCUGCCCGCAGGCCUGGAGACUCUGGCCCACUCUUCACCUGGACCCCCUGAGCCCCAAGGAGGCGAGGUCGCUGAUUUCUGCUGAGUGCCAGGCGGCACAGGUCACACUCACCUGGGAGCAGGAGAAGAAGCUGGACAGUCACUGCCGGUCGGCCUCCAGCUGUAGCCCCCUCUACGUCACGCUCCUGGCCAAGAUACUCACCAGCGCCUGGAGGCCGGACCCCGCGCUGGAGCUGUGUCUCCAGAGCCCGGACACACUGUCCCUGUACCGGCUGGGCUUGCGGACCCUCAUGGACACGCUGAGGACGGACCGGGAGAAGCUCGUCAUGAAGGAGGUGGUGUGCCUGGUGUGCGUCAGCCACAACGGCGUGGCCGAGUCCGAGCUGCUGCAGAUGUUCCCCGACCUGACGUGGCCCAUGUUAGCGUCGCUGCUGCGCCAGCUGCAGAACCUGCGCGUCGUCACCUUCAGCUGCGGCCUGCUCAAGUUCCAGCAUCUGCAGGCGUGGGAGGCGGUGCGUCUGGAGUACAUGAGCACAGAGGGCAGGGCGUCGGGCUACAGGGAGAGGCUGAUCCAGUACUUCAGCGGCCAGCUCAGUCAGGACCGGGUGACGUGGAGGGUGGCUGAUGAACUACCGUGGCUGCUACACCAGCAGGAGGACAAGGUCAAGCUCCGGCAGAGCCUGCUCAACCUGUUUGUCUCCCAGAACCUCUACAAAAGGGGCCACUUCUCGGAGCUGUUGGCCUACUGGCUGUACGUAGGCAGGGACAGGAGCUCCAUGGCCACCGAGUACUUUGACUCUCUGAAGCACUACGAGAAAAGCUGCGAGGGUGAGGGUAGCGCGCCCCAGCUGGCCAACCUGUGUGAGACCCUGGGCCGCUUCCUGAAGGACCUGGGACUGCUCAGCCAGAGGUCACUGGAGAUCCGGGAGACGGCGCUGGACCCGGACCACCCGAGCGUGGCGCGCUCAUUGCACCAGCUGGCUGGCGUCUAUGUGCAGUGGAGGAAGCUGGGGAAUGCCGAGCAGCUGUUUAAGCAGGCACUGGAGAUCGGCGAGAAUGCGUGCGGCGCAGAGCACCUCUGCGUGGCACGCGAGCUCGACUCCCUCGCCCUUCUCUACCAGAAGCAGAACAAGUAUGAGCAGGCCGAGAGGCUGAGGAAGCGUGCUCUGAAGAUACGGCAGAAGGCCGCGCGCCACAAGGGAAGCAUGUAUGGUUUCUCCCUCCUACGGCGCCGUACCCUGCAGCUGGAGGAGCUCACACUGGGCAAGGACUCGGUGGACUGUGCCAAGACGCUGAACGAACUGGGGGUGCUCUACUACCUACAGAACAAUCUGGACACGGCCAUGGUGUUCCUGACGCGCUCCCUGGAGAUGCGCCGGCGCGUGCUGGGCCCCGAGCAUCCCGACUGCGCCCAGUCGCUCAACAACCUGGCGGCACUUCACUGUGAGCGGCGGGAAUACGAGCGUGCUGAGGAACUGUAUGAGAGCGCAUUGGACAUCCGGAGGCGCGCCCUGGCCCCCAACCACCCCUCAUUGGCCUACACCGUCAAGCACCUGGCCAUGCUGUACAAGCGCAGGGGAAAGCCGGAGAAGGCGGUUCCGCUAUACGAGCUGGCCCUGGAGAUCCGGGAGAAGAGCUUCGGGCCAAAACACCCGAGUGUGGCCACGGCACUGGUCAACCUGGCCGUGCUCUACUGCCAGUUGAAGAAGCAUGGGGAGGCGUUGCCACUCUAUGAACAGGCCCUGAAGAUCUACGAGGAUAGCCUGGGGCGCGUGCACCCCCGCGUGGGCGAGACGCUGAAGAACCUGGCCGUGCUGAGCUACGAGGAGGGAGACUUCGAGAAGGCAGCCGAGCUGUACAAACGGGCCAUGGAGAUCAAGGAGGCGGAGCCUUCGCUGGUGGGCGGGAAAGCCCCCUCCCACCAGUCGUCUGCCGGCGACACCGUCAGCCUCCGCGGCCCCUCCCUCCACCCCGGUGCCAGCCCUAGCCACAGGUGACCUCCCCUCAGAGCAUGGCGAUUCUGCCUGGCCAGGAGCCCCGCCUCAUCAACUCGGUUACCUGGUUAUGGUGGGCGGAGCUUUUGACUUUCCUGUCCUCUAGAGGUCCUCAUUAUUCUGUCGUUAAAGGGACAAAUCCAGUGUUUGGCACCUUUGGUUUCAAUAACAGCACCAGGAGCAUCCAAACUGCCAAAUGACUGAAACGACCAAAAUGCUUCUUAGGGAAGCUGUACCCCUGCACAGUGUACAGAAAAUGAAGCGUUAGCUGCAAUGUCUUCCAAAACCCCAUCAGUAUUAAAAUACUUUGACUAUC